AUGGACGGCAGUGACACACAAAUAUCUUUUCAAAACGAUAGUCAAACAACAGCCCCAACAAUGGGUACUGUCGAUACGCAACAUCCAAUGUAUACAGUACCGGGCAUACUUCAUUUUCUUCAACAUGAAUGGACUAGAUUUGAAAUUGAAAGACAACAAUGGGAAACUGAACGAGCAGAAUUACAAGCACGAAUCGCUUUUCUUCAAGGCGAACGACAAGGACAAGAAAAUCUAAAAACUGCACUUGUUCGACGAAUCAAAAUGCUUGAAUAUGCAUUAAAACAAGAAAGAUUAAAAUAUAAUCAAUUAAAAUAUGGCAGUGAAACUGCUCCAACAGAAGAUCAAAAACCAUCAUCAAACGAAGGACAAACUAGUAAUACAGCAUUUGACGAAGAUGAAAAUAAAGAAGAUCCAAGUUUAGCUUUUGGUGGUAGUAGUGUUACUUUUAAACAAGGUCGACAAUUACUUCGACAAUAUUUAAAAGAAAUCGGUUAUGUUGAUACAAUCAUUGAUAUACGUUCCGCAGCUGUCAAAAAACUACUGGGAAUUAAAAGUGAAACAAAUCUAAAUGGGAAUAAUGUUACGAAUUCACCAUCGAAUAUAAAUGGUGAUGCUAAAUUAAUGAAUGAACCAAAAGGAGUUAUUCCUAAUAUUCUGAAAAAUGCUGCCAAUGAUUUCAAUAAAUCUCUUGCAUCAUUAGUUUUUCUUAAAGACGAUCAAACUGACGAAGAAUCCAAUGAUAUUGACACUAAUCGUAUCGUAACUAAAUCUAACAAUGGUAACGCAACGAAUAUUAAUCAUCAUUCAUCAACACUUGACACACUAAACGAUCCUGAUGGCGAAGAAGCUGCUUUACAUGAAUUCGAUUUUCUUACUGGUGACGCUGCUGCAGCUGCUCUAGGUAUCAAUGAAUUUAAAUCAACUGAACCAGGUAGUCAUGAUUGGAAUGUAGAUCCAUCGCGUAUCAAUCGUCUAAAAGAAGAAUAUAAACGUGAUCGUCAUAUAAAACCAGCGCAUCAAGUCACAACUAUAACAAAUUCAACAUCAGCAUCAAUCAGAAAUAAUCUUUUCAAAAAUAAUGUCGCUGACGAUAUAUCAGCUGAGCCACGUCCAUUUUCUGAAGAUGAGCAAAUUGAUUCAAUGAUGUUUCGAAAUAGUAAAAAUUUUAUCGAAGAAAAUGUUAUUGAAGGUCUCGAUGAAUUAGCACGUGUGACAGUUUCAAAUGAUAAUGAACUACAUGAUGAUACAAACACAAACGAAUCGUCCGAAUUUAAAAGAACGUGGAAUAUAAAAUAUGUUUUACGAAGUCAUUUGGAUGGAAUACGUUGUGCCACAUUUCAUCCAUUUGAAUCAGUUGUAAUUACAGGAUCCGAAGAUCGCACGCUUAAACUAUGGAAUCUUGAAAAAUCAGCUCUACUAAAAAAAUCAACAACAACAACAACACAAGAUCUUGAACCUGUUUAUACAUUUCGACAACAUACUGCUCCGGUUUUAUGUACGGCUAUACAUCCAUACGGCGAACAAUUUUAUAGUGGUGGUCUUGAUUCAAUUAUAGCGGUAUGGAAUAUUCCAAAUUCUGAAGUUGAUCCAUAUGAUGCAUAUGACUCAAGUGUCUUGUAUAAAGUAUUGAAUGGUCAUACCGAUGCUGUCUGGCAAUUAGCUGUAGCCGGACAAAAAUUAUUAUCAUGUUCCGCUGACGGAUCUGUAAGAUUAUGGGAUGCAAAUCUUCAUCAACCAUUACUAUCAACAUUUAAUAAUGAAGGUAUUCCAAUAUCGAUUGACUGGUUAAUGCGAGAUACAAAUCAAUUUGUUGUUACAUAUGAUACAUUAAAAACUUUUAUAUACGAUACAGAAACUGGGCAGAUUGUCAGACAAUUUGCAAAUGAUCACGCAUCAUUCGGAGAUCCAAACUAUCGUAUUAAUCGAUUGAUUAGUCAUCCAUCACAACCGAUCGUUAUUACAGCUCAUGACGAUCGAAAAAUUCGAUAUUUUGAUAGUAAUUCGGGUCGUUUGAUCCAUUCAGUGGUUGCUCAUCUUGAAAGUGUAACGUCAUUAGCUAUUGAUUCUCAACAAACAUGUCUUCUAUCGGGUAGCCAUGAUCGUUCGAUACGUUUAUGGAAUUUAGAUAAUCGAAAUUGUCUACAAGAAAUAACAGCUCAUCAGAAGAAAGACGAUGAAUCUAUACAUGACGUUGCAUUUCAUUCCUCGAAACCAUAUAUGACUAGCGUUGGCGCAGACUCAAUUGCGAAAAUCUAUGCUUAA